AUGAGUUUAGAAGACACUGUUGUCUUAAGUACAGUGUUAGACUUAAGAAGAAAUCUUUCAUUUGACAACGUUGGAAGUUUGGAUGAAAUCUACUUAGCUAAAUUAGCUGCAAUAAUGUUAGAAAAGUCAACGGAAUUGCAAUUUAGAAGUCGUUCUGAACAGAUUAAGGCAAUAGUCAAAAGGUUAGGAAUCAAGUUAGAGGAUUUAAAUACUGUACUUACAAGAAUUGAAAUUGAAAGAAGAAAACUAAGAAAAUACAUGACAUACAGAGGCAAAAUGAGAAGGAAGUUAAGAACAGUUGGAAGACCAAAACCUUAUUAUUUAUAUGAAUUGAACAAGGAAGUGGAUCAUAAAAGAAUGGAAUAUACUGUCGAUAUAAGUUCGCACUUUGACAAAGUUAGUGAGGAAGAUUUUAAAGUGACAAACGAUCAAAAGAAAACUAUAGAUGCAUCUACAGACGUAGGUGAAUUUGAAAACAGUACACAAGAAACGUCAUGUUUGAUGCAAAAUAGUUCAGAAAUGUUUGAGGAAGAAAAUGUAAAAUCAACAAAGCAAAGCAUAGAUGACGAAGAAAAUUCAGAAAUCAGUGAUAAGGUUAUUGAAGAUUAUUUUUCGAAUCCUGAAACGGCCCGUGAGUUACAAGAAUCUUUAUUGCGAAUGGAGAAAACAAUGGGGGAACCUUUUUCGAAAUCAUUUAGUACUACUGUAAAUCCAAUAACUCCUGUAAAGGUAAUGAAUUAA